AUGCCCGCUCCCGCAGAGAUUCUCAAGUACAUCGAUGAGCACCAGGAUGCUUUCAUCGACCGAUUGGCGAAGGCCGUCUCGAUCCCCUCUGUCUCUGGAGACCCUGCCCGACGCAAGGAUGUCUUCGCCAUGGCCGACUGGCUUAAAGCCGAACUCGAGAGCCUCGGUGCGACCGUAGAGAAGCGAACUCUCGGUAAACAGAUGUUGGACGGAGUGGAGCUCGAUUUGCCCCCUGCGCUUUUGGGACAAUUGGGGAACGACCCUAAGAAGAAAACCGUCCUCAUCUACGGACACUUUGACGUCCAACCCGCCGAGAAGAGCGAUGGAUGGCUUUACGACCCUUUCACCCUGACCAAGGACCCUGAAGGUACCGGCAAGCUUUACGGUCGAGGAUCUUCGGAUGAUAAGGGCCCGAUUUUGGGUUGGCUGAACGUCUUCCAGGCUCACAAAGAGUUGGGAGUGGAGUUGCCCGUCAACAUCAAGAUGUGUUUCGAGGGGAUGGAAGAGUCUGGCUCGGAAGGACUCGACGAGCUUAUCGAGCAGGAAAAGGACAAGUUCUUCAAGGGCGUCGACUGUGCCUGUAUCUCGGACAACUAUUGGUUGAACACUACCACUCCUUGUUUGACUUACGGAUUGAGGGGAGUCAACUACUUCCGAAUCUCCGUCUCUGGCCCUUCGAAGGACUUGCACUCUGGAGUGUUCGGUGCUGCCGUCCACGAGCCCAUGACUGACUUGGUCACCUUGAUGUCCAAGCUGGUAACCUCCAAGGGCGAAAUCUUGAUUCCCGGAAUCAAGGAGAUGGUCGCUCCUCUCACUGACGAGGAGCGAGCAAGGUACGAGGCCAUCCACGCCGAGGUCAGCGACUUUGACGAUGCCGUCGGCGCUGCCAUCACCCUGCACGACGACAAGGUCAACACCCUCAUGGGCCGAAUGCGAUACCCUUCGUUGUCCUUGCACGGUAUCGAGGGUGCCUUCUACGGUACCGGAUGCAAGACCGUGAUCCCCGCUAGCGUGCAUGGCAAAUUCUCGAUUCGAUUGGUACCUGACAUGACUACCGCCAAGGUCACCGAGUGCGUCCUGAAGUACGUCAAGGAAGAGUUUGCCAAGAUCGACACCAAGUGCAAGAUGUCCGUCGAGAUGGUCCACGGAGGUGAACCCUGGAUGGCCGACCCCAACCACUACAACUACCGGGCCGCUCACAAGGCUACCGAGGACGUUUACGGGAUCAGCCCCGAUUACACCCGUGAAGGAGGUUCCAUCCCCGUAACCUUGUCCUUUGCCGAUGCGCUCAAGAUCAACGUCUUGCUGCUGCCCAUGGGUCGAGGUGACGACGGUGCUCACUCAAUGAACGAGAAGCUCGACACCGACAACUUCAUCAGGGGAAGCAAGCUCUUGGGUUCUUACUUGCACGAGCUGGGAGCUAGCUCAGAGUAGACGGGUAUGGGAAACGUUUAGGGGUUAUCGUGAUUGUUUGGUGUCAAGCCAUCUUGCCAGAAUCGCAUCGUAUUCAUCGUAACGCAUAUCAGGUCUGUCUCGUUGCACGAGCGUCUGAAACGGGUAUGUUCCAGAGAGUCUUGGUCAAGAGCUUCGGUUUGGUAGGAACCGUGAGGGCUUCUCCGCUGCGACAAUACCACCGAUGGACAACUCGGUUACAGCAACAACCCGAUUGCAUACAAAAUCGACUGUCUCCACGUUACUAUCAUCCAGAAUUGCAGUCAGUCUCCACCAAAUGAUGUAAACGACGAGU